AUGAAGGGAACAUUUAUUGCUUUGGCUUUUGGAGCCUUCGCUGCUCUUCAUGCAGCGGGGGAGGAGGAGAGAACUGCGCCGCUUCCGAAGGGAUUGGGAAAGAAGCGCCCGCCGACUCCAGAGGAACUCAGCGCCAUUUUCGGCAGCGAUGGAGGAAAGAUCGACUGGACUAACUUCUCUCCUGAGGCCUUGGGCAUGCAACUGAACUACGAUGAGAUGAGCACGGAGGAGCUUGAGAAGGUUAUAGACGCGUUUGUGCGUCUUGGGUUGAUCUCUCCUGAGGAGAAGGAAUCGUUCGGCGCUUCUCUCGUUGACCCCUCGAUGCGAAGCAUGCUUCAGACAGUUCAGGAAAACUGGGGCGAGACCAUGGAAAAGGUUAUGAAGGAUCCUGAGUACUUGAAUUUCCUCAAGGGAUUCCAGAAUAACAUCGAUGAGAAUGCAUUGGCUACAAUUGUGGGGUUGAAGGGUGGUCUUGGUGGCGCUAUUAAUGGCCGGGACAUUACUGGCAAGCCGGCAAGUGGAGAGGAGGAACAGUAA